AAACGAAUCACGUGACAUCCUGAGGCCGUGAAAGUCAUAUGAUUGCGCUUACACGAACAUGGCGUCGCAUUUGUUUUGUGGCAGAGUGAACCUCAAUAUUCUGAGAGAAGCUGCGCGAAAAGACCUGCGCGAAUUUUUAGAUAAAUGUUCGGGAAGCAAGGCCAUUGUUUGGGACGAGUAUCUUACUGGACCUUUCGGGUUAAUUGCUCAGUAUUCUCUUCUGAAGGAGCAUGAAGUCGAGAAGAUGUUCACUCUCAAAGGAGGUCGAAUCCCAUCCGCUGCCGUCAAGAAUAUUGUCUUCUUCGUUCGACCACGGCUGGAAUUGAUGGACAUCAUUGCAGAAAAUGUUGCAAGUGAGGAUAAAUUACAGCCACGAGAUUUCCACAUCCUGUUUGUUCCUCGCCGGAGUCUCCUGUGUGAGCAGCGGCUGAAGGAGAAAGGGGUUCUCAACUCCUUCACGAACAUCGAUGAGUACAUUCUGGACCUGAUUCCUUAUGACGGAGACCUUCUGUCCAUGGAGUCUGAGAGCUCCUUUAGGGAAUGUUAUUUGGAGAAUGAUCAGACGAGCCUGUAUCACGCUGCCAAGGGCCUCAUGACUUUACAGGCACUUUACGGGACGAUACCGCAGAUCUUCGGCAAAGGAGAGUGUGCCAGGCAUGUGGCCAACAUGAUGUUGCGGAUGAAGAGAGAGUUUUCAGGUCAUGCUCAAAUCCUGCCUGUUUUCGAUACUCUUCUCCUGCUGGAUCGCAAUGUGGACCUGCUUACACCGUUAGCCACUCAACUUACUUACGAGGGUCUGAUCGAUGAGAUCUACGGCAUCACCAAUGGUUAUGUGAAGCUGCCGCCUGAGAAGUUUGCGCAGAAGAAACCGGGAGAAGGAGGGAAAGAUCUCCCCACUGAGCCCAAAAAACUGCAGCUGAACUCCGCCGAGGAGCUUUACGCCGAAAUACGUGACAAGAACUUCAACGCUGUCGGUGCGGCUCUCAGCAAGAAAGCCAAGAUCAUCUCAGCUGCGUUUGAGGAACGACACAACGCAAAAACAGUUGGGGAGAUCAAGCAGUUUGUGUCUCAGUUGCCUCACAUGCAGGCGGCCCGCAGCUCUCUGGCCAAUCACACCUCCAUCGCUGAACUCGUUAAGGACAUCACGACCUCAGAAGCCUUCUUUGACAAUCUGACCGUCGAACAAGAGUUCAUGACUGGAGUAGACACGGACAAGGUCAGCACGUAUAUUGAGGACUGCAUCGCACAGAAAGACCCGCUGAUUAAGAUCCUGCGGCUGGUGUGCAUGCAGUCGGUCUGCAACAACGGCCUCAAACAGAAAGUGCUUGACUACUAUAAGAGGGAGAUCCUUCAGACGUAUGGAUACGAACACAUUCUGACCCUCAAGAACUUGGAGAAGGUUGGGUUACUCAAACCUCAAAGCACCAUGAGAAACAACUACCCCACCAUCAGGAAAACACUCAAACUGUGGAUGGAGGAUGCCAAUGAACAGAACCCCAACGACAUCUCGUACGUGUACAGCGGCUACGCUCCGCUCAGCGUGCGUCUGACUCAGGUGCUGGCGCGGCCCGGCUGGCGGAGCAUCGAGGAGGUGCUGAAGAUGCUGCCCGGCCCACACUUUGAAGAAAGGCAGCAGGUUCCCACAGGCCUUCACAAGAAGCGUCAGCCAGGAGAAAACAGAACCACCCUGGUCUUCUUCAUCGGCGGUGUGACUUACGCUGAAAUCGCUGCUCUGCGCUUCCUGUCUAAUAUGGAAGAUAGUGGGACUGAGUACAUUAUUGCAACCACCAAACUGAUCAAUGGGACCAGCUGGAUAAAGUCUCUCAUGGACCAUCCUGAGGACAAAUUCCCUUAAAUUAGCCACUGCUAUUGUGAAGAACAUCCUUUCGUCUCCCCCAUGAUUUUUCUGAUCAUUUUUAAUGAUUAUGAGGGGGUCGAAAUUGCUGUUGCCUGUUACAAUACUAAUUUAUUUAUGCAAAAACGUUUGUGAACGUAGCCAUCUGCAUUUGAUCCAGGCAGUAAGAUGUGUGUCAACAGGUACAGUAAGUGUUUAAACAUUCUCGUGUGGUUUAUAACUUCAUUUGGCAGACAGCAUGUUUUCCCAGAAGCCACCAUAAAUUAUUUUAGCAUCUGUCAGCAACUUCUUUGAAAUGCAUUCCGAGUCUAUAUAUGAAAAAAAUGAAGUUGGAUUUAGCACUUCUUGUUCAUAGAAAUGAAAUGAACUAACCUGCUAAUAAUUGUCUCUACAAAGCAUGUAUGAAGUAUUUUAAGAUUAAACGAUCAUACACAUCAUCACCUUGUAAAUGUUUCAAGGCUCGCUACCUGAAAUACCUGAACAUCAUAUCGAUCCUGUUUUAUCCUCAACCUGAACAAGUUUCUAAUGAUGUGUAAAUGUGAGUCGUUUAAAAUAAACGUAACAGUUUUAUAAAUA